GAAGAGGAUAGCACAAUGGCAAAAUCUGGCAGAAAGAAAAGUCUGAGUUUCUCUUCUUUCAGGAGGAGACAAGAGGCAGCCAACGACAGGAGGUUCUGCAUCAAAUCGGUCAAAGGGAUGGUGAAUAAACAGGUGGAGAAGCGAAUGGCCGAGCUGCGUUCAGAAUUCCUUCUCAUGAAUCAUGCCCUGAAAGAGGAGAUGGUGGCUGAGUUUCAAGAACAGCUGAGAGAGCUGGUGGCAGAAGAAGCGAGAGAAAGAUGCCUACAUUACACCAAUCUGCACCAAGAGCAGAGGAUCACAUCAAGAUGGCUAAGGAAAAUGGAGGAAGAAUACAAGAAGAAAACUCAAGAGGAUGGGGAAGCAAAAUCGCUGAACCGACAGACAUUAAGUUUCAACUUAUUUGAGUCACCCGCUUGUACUAAGAGCAGCUUCAUAACUAUGGAACCACCAAAUAAUGAGCCAGAGGAAAGCUUAAAGAUUUUGUCAGAUGUCUCCAGUGAUGGUGACACCAGCGAUGUCUCCAAUGUUGCUGACACCAGCUCACAACCGGCUAAAUGUGAGCAACAGGAGAAAAAAGGGAUUACAUCAGAUAUUGCUACUCUUGCUGACACCAGCCAAGUGAAGGAAUCCGUUGAAGAGGAAAUCUUAAGGAAUCCCUUUCAUGUAAACCCCAGCUUUAUGACCAAGGAACCAAGAUGUGAGGAAGAAAGAGUCCAAGUGAAUGUAACCCAAGAGGAUGAGUCUUUGCUGAUAGAGAGGCAAUGGAAGGAAUGGAUGGACAAACGGGAAAUGAGAAGAAACCAUGUCCAAGUAUGGCCAGCUGCCCAACAGAAUACAGAAAACCAGGGAGGCUCGGCACCUCCUGUAUCACAGAAACAAACUGACCAAAAUGUGAAAGAAGUGGGGCCCGUGAAGAAACUGAAGACGUAUCUUAGUGACUUUGUGAAUCCUCAUAGAUUUUAUAGGUGGGAGAAAUUAGAAGAUGAGGACUCAUAGACUCAACUCAACAAAACACUUUUCAUUUAUCUUUUUGCCAUGCUUUAUCGAGCAUCUAAG